GCUUUUCCUUUUCAUCUCUAAAUAAAAUCCAAUUAAAUAGAUUUUUCCACGUUUUAACAUUAGGGUUUUCAGAAAAUAUAUUUAUUUACCGCAAAGGAAAAAAACUUAAUUUUUCCACAAUUACCGGCUGGUGAAAAGCAAAGUGGAUUACUAGUAAAAGUAAAAUAAAAUUUUGAUCUGUUUUGUGAAAUAAUGGGCUUUGCUUUUCCUUUUCCUUUUUAUCAUCUCUAAAUCCAACUAAAUAGUUUUUUUUCCACGUUUUAACAUUAGGGUUCUCAGGAAAUAUAUUUAUAUUUACAAUAAAAACUUUAAUAUUUCCAUCAAUUACCGACUGGUGACAGCAACAAAGCGGUUAGUUAGUAAAAGUAAAACCGUACUAGGAGAAUGUCUUUUGCAGAAUCCAAUGGAGCUGUUCACAUGGGAUCAUCCGUCACUGCUUCAGAUGGUGGUACCACACCGUACUACCCUAUCAUGCCUCCAAUUUCCUCUUCACCUCCUCCUCCUCCGACGGAGAAGACUUAUCAAGUCCCCAUCGCCGGCGUUUCUGUUUCCGGCGAUGCGGCUCCGGUGAGUGUGGACCCUACAAUUGAGCAGGUUAAAAGAAAGCGAGGUAGACCGAGGAAGUAUGCUCCUCCUGAUGGGAUAAUCUCUCCUCUGUCGUUGUCUGCGGAGGGAGGAGAGCGGAGAAAGGGAAGGGGGAGACCACCUGGUUCUGGCAGAAAACAGCAAUUACCUGAUUUAGGAUCAGCAGGUGCAGGGAUUGGAUUUAGACCGCAUGUUAUCACAUUAAAAGCAGGGGAGGAUGUAUUGGCAAAACUAACGGCGUUCUCUCAAAGUAUCUCUCAAGCCGUCUGCAUUUUGUCAGCAAAUGGAUCCAUAUCUAACGUGACACUUCAGCAAGCAGCAAUAUCUGGUGGAACUGUAACAUAUGAGGGACAGUUUGAGAUCCUGUCUCUAUCUGGUUACUUUCUCUCAGAAUCUGGUGGUGAGCGCAGCAGGACAGGUGGUUUGAGUGUGUUACUGGCUGGACCAGAUGGCCAUGUUCUAGGUGGUGGUGUGGCAGGAGUUCUUACUGCGGCGUCCGCUGUACAGGUUAUUGUUGGUAGUUUUGGCAUGGAAGGUCAAAAACAGUUAAAAUUGGAUAAUUCUGAUGCUUUUGGUGUGCCAUCCGCCCUGGUCUUUGGAGCAUCAACGGCUAAAAGUUCAUCGUCACUCGGAACUGUAAGCGAGUCCAGUGGUGAGCCUGUGAGCCCUCAUAAUCAGCUUGCUGAAGCUUCAAAUAAUAGUCCUCCUGUAGUUGCUAAUAACUUGCCCUGGAGGUAACUUUAUAAUAGGAGAGUGACGUACCUCAUUUCAAUGAUCCUGUUGAGAACUUCUGUCGAUAAUCCCUUGAUUCUUAGGAAGCCAACCAUUGUGUUGGUUUAGAUUUUCUUUCUAAUUAGAUAAGCAUCGUCGUCUAAACAUUUUUGGAUAUUUUUAACGCAUCUCACUAUAUUGUCGUCAUUUUAUAUGCAUAUGGUUAUGGGUACUAUAUUAUGUGAAAAGAAGGUUAGACUCCAAGUUUGUUCGAGAAUGGUACUCGAUGUCUCCCUCUUCCUCCUUCACAGGGAAAAAGGAUUUUAUUUCUUGGUU